AUGAAGCAGAAGACAGUGAGAAGUUGCAUCAUUGAUUUGCCAAAGGAGUUCAUUGAAUACCUGAAGAGUGAUGGUGUAGUUCUGCCCUCGAGAGAAGAACCAGACGGCGAGGACGAUGAUAGCGAUGAUGAUACUGAGGUGGAAGUGCCACAUUUCCCAGCUCUUGAAGGUCAGAUCAAGGCUGCAAUAGAAAGACUGGGGGGAGCAGUCUUUGCCAAAAUGAACUGGACUUCUCCAAGGGAUGCAGCUUGGGUGGGGUUCAAUGGGUCCUUGCAGUGCACUUCAGUGGAUGACAUCCUCAUACUUUUGAAGAGCUCUGUUCAUGUCCAAGAAGAACUGAGAGAACCAUUUGUAGUCUGUGAAGACCAAGAUGAGGUCCCUGUUGAAUUUCAUCCCAUCCUUGUUCUCAGAGCAUGGACUGACAUCAAUCCAUCAUCUGAAUUUAGAUGUUUUGUCUCCCAGAAGAAACUCUGGGGCAUCACACAGAGGGACAGCUCAGCAUACUAUGAGCACAUAGGACGAGAGAAGGAAGGAAUCAUCCAAGACAUCCAGGACUUCUUCGCCACUGUCAUCUUGGACAAGUUUCCUUUGCAGCACUAUGCAUUUGAUGUAUUCAGGCCGCACAUGAGACGUGUUGUUCUUCUAACAUUCCGUCCCUUGGACCACCCUACUGAUCCCAUCCUGUUCACCCAAGAGGAACUGGAUGCUGCGAAAGAGAGCAUGGAUGAACGGCUUGAUUUUCGUUACAUUCAAGACAACUUUGGGGUCCAACCAAAAAGAACUCAUCAUUAUGGGAUGCCCCUUGACUUGAUUGAUCUUACCUCUGGCAAUGAUCCCCACAAGCUCAUUGAUCUCUUGCAGCUGAGACAGGAAGCAGAUACCAAGGAAUCAGAUGAUGAUGAUGAGACAUCUUCUUUGUCUGAUCCCUCCACUGAGGAAGACAAGGCAAGCAAGCUUCAAUAG